AUGCUAGGGCCCAAUGCCACAGCCGACGAAGAAAAGACGUUGGGCCUUCUCUACCAGCAUAUCGAGGCCUUGCAACAGCCACUAACGACACAUAAAUAUACCGAAGCAUCGUAUCGUCGACUUUCCCACCACUCAUGGCGUCUGACAUCAUCAAAUAUGUUUAAUACUCUAAUUCCAGCGAUAGUUGCGCUAUGCCUAUCUGUGUCGAUUACAGGCGUAUUCGCUACGCAACCGGGGGUUGGAACUCCAGCUGCCACAAACGGGGGCAGGCAAACGAAACCUCUGAGCCAGUAUACACGAGACGUACACGACCAGUGUCAAAAUAUUCAGAUACUCCCGUUGAGAAACAUACAGAACAUUCCGCCAGCACCAGGCAGGCCUGAGGAUAGCUUUGCACUAGAACAUAGUGAAAUCAAUGUGACGGACAUCCAACCACAGCCACCUCCUCCAGCAAGGCUAGUGGCAAGCUGUGGACCCCCCAGUCGACGACGCCGGACGGAGCUACGUUUAGAUAACUGUCUGGGUUGGGAUGCAGCGGGUGAAAGACUUAUCGCACAACCGAAUGGAUACGGACUUCAACGAGGUGGCUGCUGGGGUUGUAAAUAUUUUCCAAUCUCCAGGGAGAAAUUCCGCGUCGUUUGUUUUUGUGACAAUGUGACCCAAGGUCUGAUGACGGUUAUCCCCGGGAUUGAUAGAAUGGCUGCUGGGAAGGCCUUCGCUGAAGAUGGCGUGUGGAGAUUGGUCAAUGGUCAACUUCAGUGCCAGAAUAGGGGAUCUUGA